CACAUGACGUCAGAGCAGCUCUGACAUUGUACAGCACUGCUCCUCUGUGAAUCUCUCCGGCUGAGCAUCUGCUCCUGGAUCUUAUAUAAAGCCAGCAGGAUGGGAGCCCCUGAACACUGGAGCUGUGACCUCAGCCUUUUGCUGUCACUUAUAGUUAUAGUGUCUGCUGUCAGUGCAGGGGAUCCUUUUGACGCCCAGCUAGGAGACAUCUCCUCCUGCAGCCAACAGUGUCAGCUCACCUUCAAGCUCAAGAGCUCUUCAGAAGAUGAUAUCCUUGGCGCCUGCUACAGAGGGUGCAGACUUUUUUCAAUUUGCCAUUUUGUGGAUGUCAAUGCUGACCUCAAUACCACUAGAGCUGAGUGCGAGUCAGCCUGUGCUGAAGCCUAUUCCAAAACAGCUGAGCAAUAUGGUUGUACAACCGGUUGCAGAAAAGAGCUCAUCGAAGUCGAAAGCCAGAAGGAAAAGAUGCUGGAUCUUAGACUUCCAACUUCCUUUUCCAUGUUUGACUUGAUCUCUGGCUUCUGCAGUGAUAUUGUGAGUUCAGCACAGAGCUUUAUCUCAUCUACCUGGACUUUCUACCUGCAGUCUGAUGAUGGGAAAGUUGUGGUUUUCCAGUCACAGCCAGAAGUCGAAUACCCAGUGCUGGAGCUUCAAGCUCCAAGAUCUGAAGUCACUGAAAAGACUUGGCUUUCCUCACGAUUCAACACCCUGAAACCUCACACAGGUGCACGUGACAAAACUGAGAAGAGUUCAAUUAAGGAGUCCAAAGUGAAGCAUAAGUUGCCCCACAUGGAAACCCCACAGUCAGAACACGAUUUUCUGGGCUGUAUGUCUAAGCGCUCAGGAUUACCACGUUGGAUUCUGGCUGCAUGCUUGUUCCUGUCCAUCAUGGUGAUGCUUUGGCUUAGCUGUGCCAGCUUGGUGACUGCUCCUGAUCAACAUAUAAAGGCUCAGCCACUAAGCAUAAACGGAGACAAGGAAUAUCUGGAAGACAUGGAAAAGCCAGACCCAUUUCCACUGCCUCCUGUUGUGGCUGUUACCAUCUGCCCUACUGAAGAAAGUGAGGAAGCUGGACCACUACCAGUGAAAGUGGACCUUGAUAAAACCAUAAUAUAAAACGGUCUAUUAUACACCUUUAGUGCUUGAGGUGAUUCGAUACCACAAUGCAUUAAAGGGGAUAAUUGUUUCGUUAUGCUGGUUUCAUGAACUGUACUCUCUUGCUUCCUUUUGUUGCAACGCAUCUAGGAUGACUGAUCUACAGAUAUAGAACCUACCACAAGAGAGUUAAAGGUUGCGUUGUUGGUUUUGGUAACAAUGAUAUUCCUUUUUCAGCUUUAGAGGUUUUCACUAAUCUAAUUUGCCCACAAUGUUAUGAAAACAAAUAGAUUACAAAGCUGUGCCGUAUGAUCUUUAAAAUGUUCAUCAUAAAAAAUAUAAUGAGGGACAUUUAUCAAUGUUUGCUUAUGUAUUUAUUUUUUUAGUACUUUUUUCUUUACUUUUUUUUUGCUUAUGUGUGACUUAUUUAUCAACUGGUUUCAGCCUGUUGAUAAUUUUCUUUCACGUAAGCAAUUUUUUCUUUUUUACUUUGGUUUUACUUUAGCUUUUUCUGCUCCAUGUUUGAGCUGGAGUAAAUUUAGUCAAUUUUUAACCUUGUUGUGACUUUUUUUUGCGCAGUUGCGACUGUCUCAGUUAAUAAAUACCAGACUACCCGUAGUCCAUUUUAAAAUUAUUACUACGUAGUUAAGUUUUGGAAAACUUGCUUUUCUCGCUUUCCAGUCAAAAUGUCACACGAAAAAUCGCGUAGUCGCAGGUGUGACAUUUGUGCGACAGUUUUAGUAAAAAAAAAAUUAACUAAAUCGCUUGAUAAAUGUCUGUCAAUAUUGUUAAUAAUAAUAAAGAUGUCAGUUACACCUAUGAGACACACUCAGGUUGACUUAAAAACAUCAUAAUCUUUACAUAUUUAGAAACCUUCAUUAAACUGUAUGUUGGCCUUUGUCUUGGUAUCUCUAUGAAGAUAAUAGAGGUACUGCAUGGAUCUAGUAAUCAUUCUUUGUAUUUUUUUUUCUUAUUUCUGGAAAACGUAGAUAAAACUAAAAUGCAAUGCAGCUGUCACAAAGGAAAUGUAUUUUAUAAAUAUAUAAGUAGGCUGCUAAAUUCCUUUAGUAAGCAAGGCUAAGGUUUCCUCUCUUCUUUAAGAUGUUUUGUAGGCCAGUGGCAGUUUAUUGCAAUUAGAAUUGCAGUUGAUUGUUGCAUAUAGCAGUCUAUUUUCCAUUGACUGUCAUGUCACUUUUUAGACUGCAAUAAGAUUUUUUCAAUUGGCUUUAGCAUACAGCUGAGUGCAGGAAAUUUCACCAUUGGGAUUCCUGACAGUAAGAUGCAUUACUUCAACACUGCUUGGUAACUGAUAAUUUUCAAAGUAAGUAUUACACAGGCUGUCUUUGUAAUGUAUAAGGUUGCAGGGUCCUCCAGUGUGAUUGCAGCUUUUUCUAGAAGCUCUUUACUAUGUUUAUAUGCCUUUAAAGGGCAUGGAAAAGGUUAUUGAAAGGUAGACAACUCCUAAAAGUUUUCAUCCAACUGUAACAACGUUUGUUGUUCUUCAGCCUAAUAACUAAAUGUAGGAUCCUGCCAUGUUUAACAGGUUGUGGAUCAAAGAAAACUUCAAAUUGAUGUAGUUAGAAGAGGAUAUUAUACAGGAAUCCUGGAAACAUUUGAUUUUAUUUCCCAUCUUGCCUGAUAAAUGUAGUAGGAAAAUAGAUGGAAUGGCCAUCUGACAGCUCACUGUAGCAACAUGCAUGCCAAAAUAUUUGCAAUAUGGCAGUAUGUAUAUAAGAUUAACACUGUUUUUUCACUUGAUCAUUCACUCGAAAGCCGCAUUGCCCAAGUGUGAAAUUAUGUUUAAUAAUGGGUCUAGUAAGCAUAUCAUUUAGUUUAGUCUUCAUACUGCAAGAUAGCUGAAUAUAUAAUGAAAUGCUUAAUGUACAGGUUCUCAGUUUGACAGAAAGCAAAUAGCUUUUUCAACCUGUUGGUCUAAUUAUUAACACAAUUUCAUUGUAUUUACUGGUAAUAUAUUGCAAAAUUAUAAAAUUAUAAAAAAUUAUAAGAUAAUGCAGACAAAGUAUCACAGUAAUGUUUGUCUGAAGAUGCCUGUGGGCACUUUUUGCAAAAAGAUUUAAUCUGUAGUUUUAUUGAUUCCUUAAAAGCGACUUUCAUUAUGCAUUUUUAUUAGACUUUUCUAAUACUAUAAAUGAGAAAAUUGUUGAUAAAAAAUCUUAGUUAUCCCUCUAGCUCUGCAGCAAUGGAAGACAUAUGAAUGGCAUUUGAAUAUUUUUUAUGGUCUCGUCACAUGUUUCCUGGGUAUUAGUUUACACUUGCAAAGUAAUUGGAAACAGUUUUGAGGAGAUAUGGGCAAUGUAUUGUGUCAUCUUUAAAGGGGUACUCCUCUGGGAAAAAAAAACUUUUUAAAUGAACUGGUGCCAGAAAGUUAAACAGAUUUGUAAAUUACUUCUAUUUAAAAAUCUUAAUCCUUCCUGUAGUUCAGCUUCUGUAUGUUGCACAGAAAGUUCUUUUCUUUUUGAAUUUCCUUUCAGUCUGAUCACAGUGCUGACACCUCUGUCCAUUUUAGGAACUGUCCAGAGUAGGAGCAAAUCCCCAUAGCAAACCUAUCCUGCUCUGGACAGUUCCUAAAAUGGACAGAGGUGUCAGCAGAGAGCACUGUGAUCAGACAGACAGGAAAUUCAAAAAGGAAAGAACUUCCUGUGCAACAUAUAGCAGCUGAUAAGUACUGGAAGGAUUAAUAUUUUUAAAUAGAAGUCAUUUACAAAUCUGUUUAACUUUCUGACACCAGUUGAUUUUAAAAAUAAUGUUUUACAGAGGAGUACCACUUUAAAGAUCAAUAGGUCUAAAAUCAACGUUAGGCUUUGUGGUGGAAAUGUCCACGUACCAACACUUCUAAUUAUUGCUUAGUGUGCAUAUGUAUUUAUAAAGAGAGGAAAGUAAGGUAGUAUUAAACAGGCAGACUUGUAGAUUGAUGCUUGUUGAGGAAGCCUACUAUAUGGCUUGAUUAAAUUACGUGCUAGAUUGUUUGUGUAGCCCUUUACUUCUAUCAUUGUCUUCUGCACAUGCCUUACUACAUGAGUCAUGAGUGGCCGAUGAACAAUGGUUUUUAAACCUGCUUAUAACAGCACUUUGUUGGCUGAUUGAUAGGCCUAUUAGACAGGACAAUGUUGACCAGUUUGACCAAUAAUUUGCCAUGCAAUAGGGCCUUAAGUCACAGUCAGACACCCCCAGUGGUGGAUUCUCUCCAUGGUGAACAAAAGGGUCAAAUGUUAAUAGCAAGCAAACCCCUCACACAUAUUAUAGUAGUCUGGCUUCACCUAAAUUGGUAGGUUCAGACAACUUUUCUCUAACAUGUAUCUUUGAAGGAAGACUGCAUCUGUCAUCAGUAAGCACUCUCAAAAUCAUAAGAAAUGGCCAAAGGAAUGUCUUCAGCGGAAAGUUAAUGAUUAUUGUAAUAAUAUUCAUCAUCUUUUUUUUUCUUCUUCCUCUGUUUCGUUCAACCAAACAAUAUAGGCUUUUAUUGUUUUCCUAUUAAAUGGGGCUUCAUAGAAGAACAAGAUGGUAAUCCACUUAUCCUUUGGCAAUGUCAGGGCAUAAAAAGCAUAAUUUAAAAAGCAGAAAUUUUCUGAUCAGCAUACAUCUUUCAUGUACAUAUAUAACCAGGAAAGCACUAUAGUCUGGACAGUUAGCUCUUUGAUGUUACCUAGAUAUUAUUUAUGUGAAUAUAUUAUCUUUCCCAAAUGAUUAUCUCUUCAUAUUCUAUUUCUUCUACAUAUGAUAUUGAUUUUAAAGUGUGCAUAGGGAAGGUGUAUUCCCAAAAAAAAGUAUCUUCCUCAUUUUUGAAAAGCCAUCUUGGUGUUAGAUGUUUAUGUUCCAAGUUUAUUGCUGCUGUUUACAUUGUUAAAAUGUGUCAAUUAAAAUUCCAAGGAUGACUCAG